AUGAGUCUGUUAAGAAUUGUACAGAAAAGUGCGAAGUGGUCUCUCAGUGGACACCAGGCUAUUGGUCGUAUGAUAUGUUCUCAAACAAAUACAAAAUACCAAGUUGAUAGACGGAAAUAUCAGACAAUUAAUACGAGUCGAGAUGUUCUGAUGGGUUCGCAUAAGCAACAAAAAUAUGAGCAGUUUUUGAGUAUUCCACAGAGGGAACAGAUAGGAAAUAACGAGUCCGAGAUGGCUAGCCUUAUACGUUCUACAAAGUGUUUGCUCCUUUGCCAUUCAUACAACACACUUUCUUUGGCAGUUGCAACAGAACUGAGGAGUUUCGGAGCUGAAGUGGACGUCAAAGUAAUUCAUAAUGAGCAUGACUUUACUAUUGCUGAUGAAGGAGAUUUUGACAUUAUAAUAUGCCCAUUUCUUGCAAGAAGAGUUCCAGAAAGGAUUUGGAGUAAUAAAAAGCGACCAUGUUUGAUUGUGCACCCAGGAAUCCCAGGAGAUCGGGGUCCCGCAUCACUAGAGUUUGCGAUAAAGAAUAAGGCACUUCAUUGGGGAGUUACAGUUUUGCAAGCAGAAGAGGAGUUUGACAGAGGUCCUAUUUGGGCAUACAGCAUGUACCCAAUAUCUGAUAGAAACACCACAAAGACCGAAUUGUAUGUGUCUGAAGUUACAGAAAAUGCUGUGGAUACAGUACUGAGAGCGGUAGCAAAAUUUAAACAAGGGGAUUCACCAAAACCAUGGCAAUAUGGUGCUGUUGACAUCAAAGGAAAUCUCCAGCCAAAGAUAAAAAAGGCAGAUAGAAGGAUCGACUGGAACCAACAUGCGAGCGAUGUUGCUCGCCUUAUACGAAUGUUUGACACCCAACCUGGGGCACAUGGUUUUUUGAAAGGGAUUGAUGGAGAGAUUCGGUUUUUUGGCGCCAAAGAAACGCAACCACUUUUAUACUGUGGCGAUGAAAUGCGCGAUCUCUUAUCAUCUGCUGAACCAGGCGAGCCAAUAGGCAUGAAACACAACGCGAUACUCAUAAAGUGUGGAGAGGAUUCAUCAUUGUGGGUGUCUCAUUUGAAGUCAAACAAAAUCCCAGGAGUAAAGGACAUAAAGUUACCAGCAACGAUGGUGUACACAAGACCACUGGCUGAAAUGAACACGCUUGACUACGAGGAUAUUUGGGUAGAGAGGCGAGAUAAUGUUGCAUACGUCCAUUUUGAUUUUUAUAACGGCGCCAUGAACGUGUCACAGUCUCAACGCCUCCAAACCACGCUAAAAAACAUCAAACUGCAGGACGAUAUACACAUAGUAGUUCUCAUGGGCGGAAAACGGUUCUUCUCUACUGGAAUUCACUUGAAUGUGAUCGAGCAGGUAGAUGAACCACACAUUGAGUCAUAUGCCAACAUAGAAGCAAUAGAUGGUGUCAUCAAAGAAUAUGUUCAAAUGGAAGAUAAACUAGUUAUAGCGUGUCUCCAAGGAAACGCUGGUGCUGGAGGUUGUAUGAUGAGCGCAGCAGCAGACUAUACUAUAGCCCAUAAGUGCGUUUCUUUGACUCCAACAUACAAAAACAUGAACUUAUACGGUUCUGAAUAUUGGACGUACUUCCUACCAAAGAAAAUUGGUGAAGAAAUGGCGCUUCGUCUCACGUCUGGCACUGACUCGAUAAUGGCUAGCGAGGCAUACUCCAUUGGCCUUGUUGAUAUUCUCCUCGGAAGAAAUCGUUACGAAUUACAGGACAACCUUCAUAGAACAGUCACUGCAAUUUGGAACAGCAUUGAUGCUGGACUUUUUCUCCAUUCGAAGUCAAGGCGGUCGGAAAAAUGGUACGAAAAUCUGGAGGAGCACAGGGCAGCUGAAUUACAUCACAUGAAGAAGUGCUUUUCGGAUCCUGCUUAUCAUUCUGCACGCAGGAAUUUUGUCUUUCAUUGA